AUGAAGUUCAAACGUUUAUUCAAACCACCCGCUGAAUCUACAGAGGAGGAGACCAAAGAAUACCUUCAAAACAGGGGUUUCGUCGAUCUCGCCUUUGACAGGAAGAAGAAGAAUAAGUUUGCUGCAUUCGACCAGUAUGCCAAAGACAAACAUUUAGAGGCAGGUGAACUUGCGCCACGAGUGUAUGACCCAGAGAAUGAUCUCAAUAACUAUCCUGGAAAUGCAGCUACAGCCGAAAGUGAGGUGAACGAGUCGUCGAUAAGGGAUCCUUAUGCUCAGGUAUCGAACGAUCCCUAUUCUCAACCAAUCGCAAAUGAUCCAUAUGCAGCGUAUAAUACUUCAGCGGAUGUUUAUAGGCCAAAGGCUCAAAAACAGAGAUCUGAUCCCCAAAUAGACCAAAGACAAAGGUCUGAUCCGAGACUGGACCAGAGGCAAAAAUCUGAUACCAGAUUGGACCAGAAAAGCAGCCUUUCAGGUCAGCCGGUAGGGAAUUUGUACACCAGCACUCAAGGAAAACACCAGGAAAGCCAGCCAAGAAAUCCUUACGGUAACCAGUAUGGUUACGGGGACGAAUACGAUGAUCACGCUCCGGCCACAACUGCCCCUCAAGCGCAGUCAUCACAACCAGAACUAUACUCCAAACAGGGCGAGAAACCGUCGAAUCAGAAUAGUUAUGAUAUAUCCCAUGACCCUUACUCUGAUAACUACUCGCAGCCACCAUCUUACCGCGACGACCCAUACGGUGGCCAGGCCCAAAGUCUGUAUGCCCCAUCCACACGCAUACAGACCGCUCCUCAAGAUCUGGACCAAAAUGAGGUCGCUUUGGAGGAAGAAGAUCUCAAUGACUACCCUGGGUUCCAUACACAACAGCAACAGAACUACCACUCGCAAACUGAUUAUGCCAUCAACCAGGACUAUCUCAGUCCUGAAGAACUCGAAAGGCAGAGACAGCAGGAAGAGGAGGAUGAGGCUGUAGAAGGUAUCAAGGGGCAGAUACGUACGAUAAAGCAAGAUACUCUUUAUUCGUCAAACAACAUGCUGGCUCACCUGAACAAAGCUAGAGAAGAUGCACGCAAUACUCUGGGAGAGACUGGUAACCAAGGUUACAAGCUGAAUGAGAUCGAGCAGGACUUACAUCUGGCUGAGAAACAACAGAAGGUAGCAGAGCAAGGUGUAAAAGACCUGGCACACUAUAACCGUGGUCUGUUCUCUGUUAGGGUUGGAAAUCCGUUCAAUAGGAAGACUAAGCUACGUGCCGAGGAGGCAAGGUUCAAGAAUGAGAGGAUAUUGCACAAACAGGAAGCUCAGGAAAGGACCAAGGAAUGGUACAGAGCGCAACAGAACCUUGUGGAUUCCAUGGAGAAUGGUGUUAGUCGCACCAAGCAUGGUGUAAAUUCCCCGAUCUACCAAAAGUACGAACGGGAGAGGGUUCUCAACGAGGCAAAGAAGUACCAAUUUGAGGCGGACGAAGAAGACGAUGAGUUGGAAGUUGGAAUUGCAAAGAAUACGGACGAGGCCCUAAAGAUUGCAAGUGAUUUGAAAAACAUGAGUUUGACCAUGGGCCAGGAGAUCGAUCGCCAGAACAAGAUCAUCGCGAACAUUGGUGACAGAGCCGAUAGAAUCGACACCAAUUUGAGUUAUGAUGUUCAAAGAUUAAAGAGGAUUGGUUGA